AUGAGCGAAACAACAACAUCUAACAUUACAGAAGAAGUCAAUGACAAUGCCGAUGAAAACAUUACAGAAGGAGCUAGUGAAAAUAUUGACGAGUUCAGUGAGGAAGAAGAUAUUGAGGACGUCAAUGAGAACGUUAGUGGGGAACAAACUCAAUGGGAAACAUUGAGAAAUCAUGAAGAUUAUGAGAUUUGUACGACAUAUCCUUUUACUAUUCGUCGAAAGAAAGACAAACAUAUUAUGAGUGAAUGCUUAAAUAAUUAUGGUUAUAUUGUGCUUAGUUUAAACAACAAAAUGUACUUAAAGCAUAGAAUUAUUGCAGAACAGUGGAUUGAAAAUCCAAACAAUUUGAAAGAAAUAGACCAUAUAAAUCAUGAUAGAACGGACAACAGAAUCUCAAACCUUCGUUGGUGUUCUAGAUCUGAAAACAAUAGAAAUAAAAGCAAGUAUGGUGAUAUAGUUUAUGAGUUCGUUGAUGAAAUAUCUGACGAAGCUGUUGAAAUAACAGAUUAUGGUAAGCAUUCGUUUGAUUUCUACUACUAUGUUGAGAAUGAGGACGCAUUCUAUUAUUAUACAGGUCUUAACUAUCGAAAACUUCAUAUAAACUUUACAAAAACAGGUGCUGCUUAUGUUUGUAUGAUAGAUACAGAAAACAAGAGUGUAAUUUUAUUCAUAAACAAAUUCAAACGCUUGUACGGCUUCAUGUAG